AUGUCGGUGAUUCUGCAGUCCCUCGAGCGGUCCGGCAUUCCAAUCCCGAAUUUUGGUGCGCCGACCUCCGAGCCCGUCCACCCCGAGCAUCCCCAGCAGACCACGGCCCCUGUAAACGCCCAGACCUUCGAGCCGCAUGUGGCAGAUGACCAAAUUAUCCCUCAACCCAGGGGCGGAGCCACAGAGGCGCAAGGAGGUGGAGGUGCACCUCCUCUCGCAGGAAAAUGCGUUGGAGAUGCAGGAAUUUGCCCCUUUGCUUGUGCCCUCCAAGUGUUCGAUUAA